AUGCCAAGCGAUAUGACCACAUUCAAGGGCAAGCCCUUCGACAGGGCUUCGCUCGAGUCUGUCAUGAAGCGACGACUCUUUUACACACCUGCUUUCGACAUCUACGGCGGCGUCUCUGGCCUCUACGACUAUGGCCCGCCCGGUACCGCGCUCACAAACAACAUUGUCGACGUAUGGCGAAAACACUUUGUGCUGAGGGAGAACAUGCUCGAGAUUGACACCACCAUGCUUACACCCCACGAAGUCCUCAAGACGUCUGGUCACGUCGACAAGUUCGCCGACUGGAUGUGCAAGGACCCCAAGACCGGCGAGAUCUUCCGCGCAGACCACCUUGUCGAGGAAGUUUUGGAGGCCAGGUUGAAGGGCAACAAGGAGGCGCGUGGCGAGAAGGUUGAGGCAGAAGAGGAGGACCCCAAGAAGAAGAAGAAGAAGGUCAAGAACAUUGCUGCUGUCAAGAUGGACGACGCGCUCGUCACUGAGUACGAGGAGGUUCUGGCCAAGAUUGAUAACUACAACGGCGAGGAACUUGGUCUGCUCUUGAAGAAGUACGACAUCAAGAACCCCGCCACCAACGGCGAGCUUCAGCCUCCUGUCGCCUUCAACCUCAUGUUCCAGACAUCGAUCGGUCCCUCCUCAAACAUGCCCGGCUACCUGCGCCCCGAGACCGCUCAAGGUCAGUUCCUGAACUUCGCAAAGCUCCUCGAGUUCAACCAGCAGCAAAUGCCCUUCGCCUCCGCCUCCAUUGGCAAGUCCUUCCGUAAUGAAAUCUCCCCACGGUCCGGUCUUCUGCGCGUACGGGAGUUCUUGAUGGCUGAGAUCGAGCACUUUGUCGAUCCCGAGGGUGGCAAGAAGCACCCUCGCUUCGAGGAGGUUGCGGAUGUCGAGCUUGAGCUCCUCGACCGCGAGGUUCAGCUUUCUGGCAAGACCAACGUUAAGACUACCAAGAUUGGCGAGGCUGUCAAGACCGGUCUUGUAGACAACGAGACCCUUGGUUACUUCCUUGCCCGUAUCCAGCAGUUCCUGCUCAAAAUCGGUGCCGACCCCAAAAAGAUCCGCUUCAGGCAACACAUGGCCAACGAGAUGGCCCACUACGCCGCAGACUGCUGGGAUGCCGAACUGCUUACCUCGUACGGCUGGAUCGAGUGUGUUGGUUGUGCCGACCGUAGUGCAUACGAUUUGACCGUUCACAUGAAGAAAACCGGCGCGCCUCUGGUCGUUCGUGAGCCCAGAAAGGAGCCCCUCAAGGUUGAGGAGUGGGUAUGCGACAUUGAGAAGAAGAAAUUCGGUCCUAAGUUCAAAAAGGACGGCAAGACUGUCGAGAACGCGAUUGAGGCUCUUACACAAGACCUGCGUGAGAAGCUGUCUCUGGACCUCGAGAAGGAAGGCAAGAUCGUCAUUGAUGUGCCCGGUGUCGGCGAUGGCAAGGUCGAAGUUCCCAAGGAGUUGAUCACUAUUGAGAAGCGCACAAGAGUUGAGAACGUCAGGGAGUACACACCCAACGUUAUCGAGCCAUCAUUCGGUAUUGGCCGUAUUGUCUACGCCCUUUGCGAACACAUCUACUGGACUCGCGAGCAGGACGAAGCUCGCGGUGUCUUGUCCUUCCCUCCUACGGUCGCCCCUACCAAGGCACUCAUCGUACCAUUGAGCUCGCACAGCGACUUCAAGCCUUUUGUACGGACACUGAGCGACAAGCUGCAAGAAGCUGGCGUCUCUACUCGUGUCGAUGACUCUGGCGCUUCCAUUGGCAAGCGCUACUCGCGUAACGAUGAGCUUGGUACCCCUCUUGGUAUCACCAUUGACUUCCAGUCCGUUAAGGACAACACAUUUACACUGCGUGACCGUGAUUCGACAGAGCAGGUUCGCGCUGGUCUCGAUGAGAUCACCACCGCCAUUACCAACCUUGUCAAUGGCAAGGAGCAGUGGUCAGAUGUUGCUACGCGUCUGCCCAAGUUCGAGGGUCAGGAGGUCGAUGCCUAA